CCGGGUGGGUUCCCUGAGGUGGGAGGAGUUCCGUUCGUGUGGGUGUGGCCUGGAAAGCUGAGUCUGGUCCCGCAGUUCAGACCGGAGCGGGUGGGGGGAGGAUGGUGCCCGAACGGAGGAUCGUUUAUGUAGUGCUGGACGUGCUAUGCGUGUCUGUCGCAUCCUUACCAUUUAUCAUCAUGUCAUUGGUGAACUCUCCAUACAAACGGGGAUUUUAUUGCAACGAUGAAUCAAUCCGAUACCCAUACCGUGAGGACACCAUUACUAAUGGGCUGAUGGCUACAGUCACGAUUUCCUGCACAGUAAUCAUUAUAUCGUCCGGUGAGAUGUACAUGGUAUUUUCCAAGAGAUUGUACUCGCGCUCUGAGUGUAACAAUUAUAUUGCUGCGCUUUACAAAGUUGUGGGGACAUACCUUUUUGGGGCUGCUGUUAGCCAGUCUUUAACAGAUCUCGCAAAGUACAUGAUUGGCCGCCCCAGACCAAACUUCCUUGCUGUCUGUGACCCUGACUGGUCCACUGUCAAUUGCUCAAGAUAUGUAACAGAUUUUACCUGUCGUGGUAAUUAUGCCAAUGUCACAGAUUCCAGGCUUUCCUUUUAUUCGGGGCACUCAUCCUUUGGAAUGUACUGCAUGUUAUUCCUAUCUCUGUACGUUCAGGCUAGAUUGUGUGGUAAAUGGGCUCGACUCCUGCGCCCCACCAUACAGUUUUUCUUGUUGUCAUUUGCUCUUUAUGUGGGAUACACACGUGUCUCUGAUUACAAACACCACUGGAGUGACGUUCUUGUGGGACUCCUCCAGGGAGCACUCGUCGCUGCAUUCACAGUGCGUUACGUGUCUGAUUUCUUCAAGAUCAGACCUCCACUCCAAUGUACCAAGGAUCCUCUUGAGAGCAAGCCAAGUCUGCAGCUUAGUGAAUCUGACCAGAAUCAUUUUGGAUACCUUGGAGGAUCCUGAGACCCUUGUCCAGCUAUAUCUAUCGCCAACCUGCACCAUCCACCUUUUUGAGGCUUGAUAAGGCUCAUGGUCUCUGCUAUGGCAGCUCAUGGACUAAAUGAACAUGUUUCUACUGGUAGAAAGAUGUUCAUAUUUUUUAGAUCUUGCAAUUUAAUUUUUAUUUUACAGCACAAAUUACCAAAGUAAUUUUUUUAAAAACUCCUUUUGUCUUGUCGGUAUUGUCCCUGUAUAAUAACUGUUUGUGAAGUGUGUGACUGUUUGAUUUUUGUCCCAGCUUUGAGUGACUGUGUCAGGCUGUGGGUGGGUUUUGUGUGCAUGAAUAUUCUUGACUGGAUCACACUAGCCAGGAUUGUAGUGCCAGCCUGUGGUUGGCAUUGUUUGGGUCUGUUUGGUAAGGAGGAGAGGCCAGUACUUGCACCUUGACUUGUUUACUGCAAGAAUCAAUCUGUCCUCCCUGUCUUAAUUUUACACGAGAAUUGCCCUAUUACCACUUUAAUUGAUUAACUAUUUACCUGUUUGUCUGCGUCCUGCUUCCUAACCACUGCUCACCACCUCUUGGUUUUCAGGGGGUUAAAAGGAGGUCCUUUUGGAACUACCACGUGCCUUAAUGGGAGAGUAUAGGUUGAGCACCUCCCAAAGAUUCCUUGUAUAUAGUGAUUCAAAGGGUUUUACUGUGUGUGUAAAUAACACUCUUGACUAUGUGUGCAAUUAACAUUUUUCUCCUGCGUUGUCUAGCAUUUGCACAGGAUAACUUCUUCUGUGUUACCAGCUUUUGCCACAGGAAUGAACCAGUCUUCUGAUAUGUCUUCAAUUCAAUCCAAAAUAAUGAUGAAGUUUAGUAGGCUUUACAUCUUCAACCCAGCACAUGACCUGUUCACUUUAAAAAUAUUUGCAGCUUCCUGUUUAAUGGUUUCUUCCUUUGCCUGCACCUUUAUUUUGUGGCCAUUAAUUGCAGUGAACCUAGAAAAAACAAAGUAGGUCACCAACUCCAUUAUUUCCUUACUGUAUUGUAUUAGUGACACAGGGACUAAGAGAAUCUUUUUAGAAAAUAUUUUCUCCACCAGUACACAGACUGUAGAAGAUCUUGUCUAAAUACAUCUUCUGUAAUUUAAUGCUUUUUUUAUUGUAUAAUAUAAGAAUAAACUGCAGUGGCAGUGGGGGAAUACAGUACCUACUUCCAUGUCUGUCACUAAA